GAGUGAGUGAGUGAGUGAGUGGGAGGAGGAGGUAGCGUCGGUCCGGUGGCUGUGUGCAGGGAUUGAAAUGGAGAAGGCGGAUUCAGCGAAGAGUCGCCCUCACUAUCGCCAGGAAUAAGGAUCUCCACCUGGAUAUUUGUAUUUUUCUGAAUGCAUGUGCGAUGAUAUCCGCCUUUUUUUUCGAGCAACACCCAUUUAGACUUACCCGUCUGUCUCUGAGCUGUCAAUCAUUUCACGCCGGGGACUCUACAUGUGAGUGCAUGGCGCGCCCGUCAGGGCGGAUCUGGGGUGAAAAAACGCCGGUUAAUAUGGAUAAAAGAUCAACCAUCAUCUCUUCAGCCCAAUCACUCGUUUAGGGCAUGGCCGUAGAAAGGCGUAUUUGGUGCAUGAGAAAUGCAGCUUAACGGGACUCGUGUGCGCAUCUUGGAUUGGUUUGGCUGUGUGGCUGCGCGACGUUAUUAGGCCCUCUCUUAUCAUUCAUUUAGAGACUGGUCCUCAGGUUCGUAACCGUCACAUCCCCCUUUCUUAACCCUGGUUUAGCGACAGUGUCCCAUAGCGUCGGUCAGACCGCAGAGCAGUGAAGAUGAUGUGCGAAGUGAUGCCGACCAUCAGCGAGGGAGACUCGGCUGGUCCUCCCAGAGGUACCGGCAGCGUCCCGAACGGCUCGGACCAGGAGGCCAACUUCGAGCAGCUGAUGGUCAACAUGCUAGACGAGAGAGACAAGCUGCUGGAGUCCCUCAGGGAGACACAAGAGACCCUCAUCCAGUCUCAAGCUAAGCUCCAGGGGGCGCUACACGAGAGGGACAUGCUCCAGCGGCAGAUCAAUGCCGCGCUGCCUCAGGAGUUUGCCACUCUGACAAAGGAGCUGAACAUAUGCCGGGAGCAGCUGCUGGAGAAAGAAGAGGAAAUAUCGGAGCUGAAAGCUGAAAGGAACAACACCAGGCUGCUGUUGGAGCACCUGGAGUGUCUGGUGUCUCGACAUGAACGCAGCCUCAGGAUGACAGUGGUAAAGAGACAGGCACCGCCGCCAUCUGGAGUCUCCAGCGAGGUGGAGGUCCUGAAAGCUCUGAAGUCGCUGUUUGAACAUCACAAGGCUUUGGAUGAAAAGGUACGAGAGAGACUUCGGGUGGCUCUGGAGAGGGUGGCAACCCUGGAAGGGCAACUAGCAUCCACCACCCAGGAGUUAAACACGGCAAGGCAGAGGAAGGAUGGUGAUUCAGUGGAGCGAACAGAUGGAUCCAAGCCUACAUGGAAGAGACUUCCCAAUGGCUCCAUAGACGCCCACGACGACGGCAGUCGGGUGUCUGAGCUUCAGGACCUGUUGGAUCGAACCAAUAAGGAGCUGGCUCAGAGUCGCGAGCAUGCCGCCACACUAAAUGGCCGCAUGGUGGAGCUUGAGGCGGAGCUAGCCAAUGCACGACGAGAGCUGAGCCGCAGUGAGGAGCUUUCAAUAAAACAACAAAGGGAGCAGAGAGAGAGAGAGGAUUUGGAGGAAAGAAUCACAACAUUAGAGAAACGCUACCUGGCUGCCCAGCGAGAGACAACCCACAUCCACGACCUCAAUGACAAACUGGAGAAUGAACUGGCCACCAAAGAUUCCCUGCACAGACAGAGCGAGGAGAAGGUGCGCCAGCUGCAGGAGAUGCUGGAGAUGGCAGAGCAGCGGUUGGCUCAGACCAUGAGGAAGGCCGAGACUCUGCCAGAGGUUGAAGCUGAACUGGCGCAGAGAGUUGCAGCUCUAACCAAGGCUGAGGAGCGGCAUGGCAAUGUGGAGGAGCGGCUUCGACAGCUGGAGUCCCAACUGGAGGAGAAAAACCAAGAGCUUGCAAGGGCUCGUCAGAGGGAGAAAAUGAACGAGGAGCACAACAAGCGUUUGUCCGACACCGUGGACCGUCUGCUCACGGAGUCCAACGAACGGCUGCAGCUCCAUCUGAAGGAGCGCAUGGCUGCACUGGAGGACAAGAAUGCCCUCAUUCAGGACCUGGAGAACUGCCAGAAACAGCUUGAAGAGUUUCAUCACACCAGGGAACGGCUGAUUGGAGAGAUUGACAAGCUGAGAAACGAGAUUGACCAUCUGAAACGCCGCAGUGGAGCGUUUGGAGACGGAACUCAUCCUCGGUCUCAUUUGGGAAGCUCCAGCGACCUUCGCUUCUCUGUGGUGGAGGGUCAGGACGGCCACUAUAGCACAACUGUUAUCAGGCGAGCGCAAAAGGGCAGACUUUCAGCUCUACGAGAUGAUCCAAACAAGGUGUGUGCCAUGUUUGAGCAGGAUUACUCGUCUCUGCGCGGGAGCGUCAGUCACCUUCUAGGCAGCGACGUCGAGACAGAGUCGGACAUGGACGACGACGUGAGUUCGACGCUUCUCUCACCCAGCGGCCAAUCAGAUGCCCAGACUCUUGCUCUCAUGCUGCAAGAGCAGCUUGAUGCCAUCAAUGAGGAGAUAAGGAUGAUCCAAGUAGAGAGAGAAUCAGCCGAGCUGCGUUCUGAGGAGAUCGAGUCCCGCGUGAACAGCGGCAGCAUGGACGGUCUCAACGUGACCCUUAGACCCCGAGCCCUGCCCACCUCUGCCACUGCCCAGUCCCUGGCGUCAUCCUCCUCCCCGCCCACUAGCGGCCACUCUACACCCAAGCAUCAUGGACGCAACACUAGCCACCAUCUAGGAAUCAUGACUCUGCCAAGCGACUUGAGGAAACACAGAAGAAAAGUAGCGUCUCCUGUGGAAGUGGACAAAGCUACUAUCAAGUGUGAGACAUCACCUCCCUCCUCCCCUCGAAGUUUGCGGCUGGAAACCAACUUCGCUCAGUUCACAGGCAGUCUGGAGGAUGGGCGAGGCAAGCAGAAGAAAGGUAUUAAAUCGUCUAUUGGUCGGUUGUUUGGGAAGAAGGAGAAGGGUCGAAUGGACCAGACUGUUGGCAGGGAUGGACAAUCUUUACCAGCCUUAACAGACUUUGAGAUGAGCAUUGGUGACACUAUGACUCUGGGAAAACUGGGCACGCAAGCUGAGAGGGACCGACGGAUGAAAAAAAAACAUGAGCUUCUGGAAGAUGCAAGGAAAAGAGGUCUUCCAUUCGCACAGUGGGAUGGUCCCACAGUCGUUUCAUGGCUGGAGCUGUGGGUGGGGAUGCCAGCCUGGUAUGUGGCUGCCUGUCGUGCCAACGUGAAGAGUGGAGCCAUCAUGUCCGCCCUGUCCGACACAGAGAUCCAGAGAGAGAUUGGAAUUAGCAACCCUCUGCACAGACUCAAACUGCGUUUGGCCAUCCAGGAAAUGGUCUCCCUCACCAGCCCCUCUGCGCCGCUGACCUCCAGAACGUCCUCCGGAAAUGUGUGGGUGACUCAUGAAGAGAUGGAGAACCUGGCUUCUUCCACCAAAGCGGAGAAUGAGGAGGGCAGCUGGGCACAGACUUUAGCAUAUGGAGACAUGAAUCACGAGUGGAUAGGAAAUGAAUGGCUGCCCAGCCUCGGCCUGCCUCAGUACCGCUCCUACUUCAUGGAGUGUCUGGUUGAUGCACGUAUGCUGGACCAUCUGACCAAAAAGGACCUGAGAAGCCACCUGAAGAUGGUAGACAGCUUUCACAGGGCUAGUCUGCAAUAUGGAAUUAUGUGCUUGAAGAGACUCAAUUAUGACAGGAAAGAGCUGGACCGCCGGAGAGAAGACAGCCAACACGACAUGAAAGAUGUUUUGGUGUGGACCAACGAGCAGGUGAUCCACUGGGUCCAGUCCAUCGGUCUGAGGGAGUACAGCGGCAACCUGCUGGAGAGCGGUGUUCAUGGGGCACUCAUUGCUCUUGAUGAAACCUUCGACUACAGCAGUCUAGCGCUCAUCCUGCAGAUCCCUAUGCAAAACACACAGGCAAGGCAGGUUCUAGAGAGAGAAUUUAACAAUCUUCUAGCCUUGGGAACAGACCGCCGACUGGAGGAGAGUGGGGAUGACAAGUCAUUUAGGCGUUCACCAUCAUGGCGCAAAAGAUUUCGGGCUCGUGAGGGAGGGACGGGUCUAGGGAUGAUGGCAGGCUCCAUGGAGACGUUGCCUGCUGGCUUCCGCAUGCCCCCAAUGUCGAUGCCACCUUCCAUGAAUUUGGCUGCCAAGAAACAACUCCAGCCUGAAGCUCCUCCCCCUGCUCCACCGAGACUUGACCCCUCAGCAGUGCGGACCUAUUCCUGCUAACGACACUCUACUUACUAACAGGAGCACUAGUGCUAACAGUGCAUACUCAUUACCUAUACGGACACAUGCUUGCGGCCUUUUGAGAGUGAUAUGCCAAAACUGGAGAGAGAAAGUUUGGGUGCACCAAGAGGGGGCGGAGUCUUACCCCCUCUCACGCCCAGCCUCACCUCCCACCUUUCAUCUCUCUCCUCCCCUCCGGACUCGUGCAAUACAGGGGGUACCCCUGACCUUUGGUCUCCGAGAGUGCUCGUUGGCUGCUUUCCGCUGCUGCUGUAAAGGAGGCUCGUCCCAGUCUCGCCUUGUUUACCCCAGUGCUCCCAGUAGCCUCAUUGUUGUGGUGUCGUGUUCCUGCUCUCCUUGUCUCAGCUGUGGGGCCUCGUCCUGGUUCCGAUCGUCCUGAAAUGGCCAAGACCAAACAAAUCUUCCUGGUUUAACAUGACAGUGGUGAAAAUGAUUAAAGGAGAUGAUGAGCAAGUCGUUGCUUUGGACUUGAGAGUGAUGAAUACUUGUAUAAAAUGGCAGAUCACUCUGCACAUUACCCUUCUACCGGUUAUGCAAGGUAUUAAUCAUUGAUUAUCAUCUCUGUACAGAAAAAUGGAUGACUUAUGUUUUUUAUAGAAAUAUUAUAUAUAAUAUAUAUAUAUAUUGGAAAUAUAUAUGGAAAGUAAUAUAAUAUUGCUGUUUGAAACCCAAUGCCCUGUACUUGAUAGUGACUGUUCUCUUUCUCUUCCUUUCCCUUUCUCUCUGUGUUGGACCUUUGCGUGUCAUUUGCUGUGCGCUGUGUGUGAAUAAUUGGUGGGAGGGACUCACUAAAGAAAGUGUGUGUUUUUUCAAGGACUCUUCACAGGUUCAUGGGUCCAAUUCUCUCUUCUUCUCUUCUCCUGCUCCCCCGUCUGCCCCCGAACCUUUUGACACGAUGUAGCUGUAAUUUCUCUUCCUCUCUUCGCCUCUGUCGCCUUCUGUAUGAUGCUAUGUAGCCUAGAGAGAGAAAUUUAAUGUGAGGCUUGAAUAAGGAGUGUGUGUGUGAGAUUGAGCGGAUCAGUCUAUCUGCUGGAGACUUGUGGUGGGUUUUGUGUGUGUGUGUGUGUGUGUGUGUGUGUGUGUGUGUGUGUGUGUGUGUGUGUGUGUGUGUGUGUGUGUGUGUGUGUGUGUGUGUGUGUGUGUGCAUGUGCGUCUGUGUAUGUGUAUUUUAGUGUGGACACUGUAGCUCACUUCCGUCAAUUCCAAACUUUGUCUCAUGUCAAACAAUAAAUUGCUGCUCAACAUCAGCCAGUGACCUGCACUGCUCAACACUGCCCUUCCAAAGCAUCCAUAGCCCUUGAAAGUUUUUUUAUUUUGUCGUGUCACAAUCACAAACUUCAGUGUUUUGUUUUACUGGGAUUUUAUGCAAUGUAUGAACACAAACUAUGGCAUAACUGUGAACUGCAAGGAGGAAACAUGGUUUUCGUAAUGUUUCACAAAUUAAAAUCUGAAAGGUGUGGCAUGCAUUUUUAUUCAGCCUUCUGUGCUUUGUAGAACCACCUUUUGCUGCAAUUACAGCAGAAUAAUUUUUUUCCCUCACAAAAUAUCCUAACUCCAGUCAGGUUGAAUGGAAGGUGUCGAAGAGGAAUUUUCAAGUUUAACCACAAAUUCUCAAUUGGAUGUAAGCAUGGCCUUUCGCUGGGCUAUUCUAACACUUGAUUGUGGUUUGAUCCUAACCAUUCUAUUGCAGAUCUCCCUGUAUUCUCUGGGUUUUUACCUGCUCUAAGGCAAACCUUAACCUCAGUCUCAAGUGUCUUGAAGGCUCUAACAGGUUUUCAUCCAGUGUCGCCCUCUAUGCAAGCUUCUACCACCAUGUCUCAUAGUAGGGAUAGUUUGUUCAGUUAUCUCCACACAGUGUUUUGCAAGUAGACAUAAAGUAUCAAUUUUGCCCCCAUCUGACCAUUCCACCUUCUUUCACAGAUUUGCUCUGUACCCUUCACAACUUCUGGCCAACUGCGGGCAGGACUUCUUAGGGCUUUCAUCAACAAUGGCUUUCUUCUUGCCACUCUUCCAUAAAGGCCAGAUUUCUGGAGUGCAUGACUAAUAGUUCUCUGGAACUCUACAGCUCCUCCAGAGUUACCUUGGGACUCAUGGCUGCUUCUCUGAUUAUUUUUUUCUCCUGCAUGGCCUGUCAGUUUAGUUUGAUAGCCAUGCCUUGGUAUGUUUGCAGUUGAGCCAUAGUCUUUCAAAUUUUCUGAUGACAGAUCGAAAAGUGCUCUGUGAGAUGUCCGAAGCUGGAUAUUGUUUGUGACCCAACCUUGCUUGAACCUCUCCACUACUUUAUUCCUGGCCUGUCUGCUGUGUGCUUUAAGAUUAGGUGGCUCCUUAAGGCAAAUAACUACACGGGAUUUUAUUUAGAAAUAACAGAGUAAAGGAAGCUAAAUCAGAAUGCAUGCAGGUUUUUGUUCUAGUACACACUACUAUGAACUAAUCUGAAUAAAAUAUGUUGACAUUUUUAUUUUGUAAUGUGAGAAAAUGUUAAAAGUUUAAGGGGUGUGAAUACCUUUGUAAGGCAGUGUAACUCUGAUCCUGCUCCGCCACCACGUUCAGUUUUUAUGAAGAUAUGUCAGUGGGUGGUCCAUACAUUCGGCUGACCAACUCCUCCUCCAAUGAGAACACAGCAUAUGAAUUUGUGAACUGCUGGAUGGCUGUACAAUUUUUUUAUUAUUAUUAUUUAUUUUACUGAUUUUUUUCAAGAUGUCUAAAAGGUGUAAUGUGCUACGUGGCAGCUAUAAGUACUGUGUCUUUAUUCCAGGUGUGAAACAAUGCUGACAAAUCAAGAUUUUAUUAUUUGGCCAUCUGAAAAAAUGUACUGUAUUUAUGACACUAUAUAGACAUAAGUAAAGCUGUUUUUUAAAGAA